UCCGCAUCUGAAGUUCAACAAUCUGACCUUGAUUUCAAUUCAUGGCCUUCCAGGAAAAGACCUAACGGGCUCCAAACAUAGAAGAUUUUUAAUUAACAGCCACUGUUUUAAUGAUGAAGAUUAUGCACAGAUGUCACUUUGUUCCUGGGUUAACGUUGUGGUUGGUAAAAUGACUGGCAUAAAUCGUGCUGCCAAAUAUGUACUUGUUUCCAAGGAGAAGAAAGUACCAUAUGACUACCUUGUUCUCUGUACGGGACAGAAAUACCAGGUCCUGUCUCCCACUGGAGCAGAUAUCAGUAAACUUCCAACUAACAGAGAAGUCAUAAGUAAGUGGCCACAAAGAUACACAAGGAAAGUCCCUUCCAAUCAUUUUACUCUCAAUGAUGACCAGGACUGCUUAAAGGCAAUGCACUGGCUGAAAGAAAACGUUGUCAACUCAGAAGGGAACAUCAUUGUCUAUGGGAAUACAAUUGACAUUUACACCACAGUAGAAACCCUCUUAUCUCUUGGAAUUAAUGGUUCUCGCAUACAUCUCGUACAGCCUCCACUCAGCUCAAAUGUUACUUGCCUUAACAACAACGAAAUCGAAAGUGCUGUUCAGGAGGCACUGUCAAGGGCUGGCGUGUGUGUUUAUUAUGACAGUAUCCUGGCACAGUGGAACGAAGGCGACGACCCAGACCUUAUCACAUGUGCUGCUUUCACUACAAAUACAAAACCGUUUAAAUUGCAAUGUUCAGCAUUUUUUAGCUUUGCCUACAAGACAGUGGAUUAUGAAACCUUUAAGGCAAUUAAUGAUGCUUGCCUUGUUUUUGAUGGAAGACUUGUGAUUGAUACCGAAUUCCGAACUAAUGAUGUCAGUAUCAGGGCCGCAGGUCCUUUGACAAAGUACUCGAGGAGAUAUUAUGUAGAUGAAUGGACACACAGCAACUUCAAUUCAAAAGAGGUUGGCUCUGAGCUUGCUGCAUCUAUGCUGAAUCUCUUUGAUCCAACCGCUAAGCCCUUUUCUAAGCCACCAGAAGGCACAGAUAGACUCACCCCCAUGUACAAAGGGUGUAAAAUUAAAGGAGGUGUUCUUCCUGGAGGCUAUAAUUACUUGCAUAUUUCCAAACCGGAAAUCCCCAUCCGCUUGGACUUAGCACUUGCACUGUGUGAUCAUGGGGUGGAGAUUAUAACUGGAGAGGCAAGACAUGGGAAUUAUUUCAGGAUGCACAUCAACAAAUACAGUGUGGUAGAUAGCAUCACCUGCUUUGCAAAGGAACCCUUCCCUGUCUCCAACUACAUUUGCUUGUAUGGACAGCAUGAGCGUCUUCUUAAUGAUCUUUAUUAUCGCUGGAAUGAAGGGCAGAUCACAGAUCUUUACAGCUACUUCGGGGAACCUUGGUCCAUGGCCAUCUAUCACGAUCGGUUUAUUGAUCUCAAGAAGGAACUGCGCCAAAUCCUGAUGUCGGAACAGAAAACAAACGGAAUUAGCUGUAAACGGAGGCAGGGUGACAAAAGGAAGGGACGGGGCGUAGACUGUAGCCCACCCAUUUCCAUGGCCCAAAGUGGCGUGCUGUCGGCUGUCGCAGCUGUACUACACAAACGCUCGACCCCUGCCUCCUCCCAGAGGGCUGGGUGCAAUUUUCCUCCUAUUGUCAUGACACAGAAAGUGCCUCAGCACAGUUUGAUUUCAGAUUCUCUUGGAAGACAUCUAUAA